AUGGUACGUCAACAGCAUCCAACUUUACAGUCGAUGGUUUCCUUUGGGGCUAGUUUUGUAUUUGUGAAAGUAUUUAAAGAGCUAAUUGAAGGGUAUCUUCCUGAGGAAUGGAUCCAUGAAGUUAGGUAUCUUGGUAUUGAUUGUGAUGAUUCUGCGGAUAAGUUUUAUACUGUUGAGGCUGUGGGUCUUAAGGAUAGAGAGACGGUUGCUUUAUUAGACAGAAUUGAUGAUAUAAUACAUUCCAGGAGCAAUAAGGAAAUAACAACAAGAUUGACGUAUAAUAACAAUAACAACAUUAAUAGUAAUAAUAAUUAUAAUCACAUCAGUGGUAUUUGGUCUGAUUUGUAUGAGAUGGAUAUGGUAAGUUUAAUUCAUAAUUUAAAGAAAUUUUAUUUGAACAUUGAUAUUAGGGUUUUGGUGGUGAUUUUAAUUUUACUUUUAUUUGGACCUGUAGUAUUGUCACUUUACCAUGAUUAUAAGGGCAAUGCAGCUGAUGCUGCUGUUUUAUCUCCUGGGACACCAGUGCUAAGAGUGGUACCUGAUGAUAAAGUGGAUUUAAAACUGUCGAAUAUGAAUUGUGCAGGUUCCUCCAGUGAUGAAGAGAAUAGUGGAAGUAGUUUACAGAAACUGGAUAAGUUUACAGGUGAGACAUUCCCUAAGGAUACUGAAACGAUAAACACGAGCAUAAUGGAGGAUUUGAAACUUCAAUACAUUUCCUCCUCAGAAACUGGGAUUGUAAUUGAGGAUGAUGAAAGUGGUGAUAUAAAAUCUCAAUCUGGAUCACCAUUAAUCAUAUACGGGAGCGAUUCUAUCGUUCCAACAGCAAGAGAAGAAGAACACCUGGAUCAGGAACGAGCUCAGGACCAAGAGCAAGAACAAGAACAAGAGCAAGAGCAAAAGGACGUGCCAGAGCAGACAAAUGAAAUUGAAAUCAAUAUAACUAAUCUCCCAGAACCAGAUUCUAAAAUCGAAAUUCAAACAAUAAAACCGGUUGUUUCUUCUCCCCAAAAACAACAAGAAAAGGAAAAUGAAAAUGAAAACGAACAACAAGAUAACGAAUCUGAAUUGGCUGCAUCCUUCACAUCAAGCAAAUUGAAAAGUAGCUCAAGAAGAAUAUCUACAAUUAAUCCAACUCAUCAUAUUCAAAUCUCACCAACUAAAACAAUCAAAUUGGACGCUCAAGUGAAUACUGAACAAGCUUAUUCACAACCUUUCACAUACUAA